AUGACCGUAUCUUCCACGGUAUGCUAUUGCAGCAGGUCGAUCCCGGACCCUCCCUGCAAAGAUUGCAUUCAAGAAGCUUCUAUCGACAUCGAGAAAAAAUAUGAACGGGAGCGCUUGACUCAGAUGACAUCCCAUGGACUGGUGUCAGAUAUUGAAAUUGAUAUCGACGAGGAGUUCAAGACCUUUGCACAUGAUCCCUGGAUCCAUUCAACAGUAGAAAGCGAAAACGACCGGGCAAAAUUGUUUCAACAAUCCCACCACAAGGUACUCAUCGUUGGUGCCGGCCAUGGCGGUCUUCUUUUUGCAGUUCGCUUGAUUCAAAGCGGUACUUUUUGUGCAGAUGACAUAGUACUUGUGGAUAAGGCCGCUGGGUUUGGUGGCACUUGGUACUGGAAUCGGUAUCCAGGGAUCAUGUGUGACACGGAGAGCUAUAUCUAUAUGCCGCUUUUGGAAGAGACAGGAUACAUGCCUGGCGAGAAAUACGCAUCUGGUGAAGAGAUAAGAACUCAUGCUGAGCGCAUCGCCCGUAAAUGGGACCUUGUUGAGCGAACCAUGUUUCGGACAGCUGUCCAAGAAAUGAAUUGGGAUGAAGGCAAAAGCGUUUGGAAUGUGUGUGCAAUGAGGUUUCACGGGGAAAACGACGAGCACAAGACAGCGGUUCAGCUUACUGCGGACUUCACCAUCAUCGCCCAAGGGGUGUUUGCCAGUCCAAGAAUACCCGCAUUCCCAAAGUCUCAGGAAUACAAUGGCAGACUUUUCCACACUGCUCGGUGGGACUAUGACUUCACUGGAGGCACACCACAGAACCCAGAAAUGGCCAAGUUGCGAGACAAGACGGUUGCCAUCGUUGGGUCUGGAGCCAGUGCGGUACAGAUAGUUCCCCAUCUCGCGAAAUACUGUAAGGAACUCGUGGUAUUUCAACGCACGCCCUCGUCAGUGGACCAUCGUGGACAACGUUCAACAGACCCGGAGUGGUGGGAAAGCGAGAUUCAGUCUGAACCCCAGGGAUGGCAACGAAGAAGGAUGGAAAAUUUCAAUGCCUUCACUUGUAAUCAGCAACCACCUCCAAAGACCAACAUGGUAGCUGAUGGGUGGACAGAAAUACCCUCUUUCAGUGUGCUUAUAGGGUCAAAGCAGGCUCUUGAUCCGGAUUAUUUCCACCACAUGCAGGAGGUGGAUCGAACCCGGCAGCAAAGGAUCAGGGGCCGUGUUCAUGAUAUCGUUCAAGCCUCGGCAUCUGCUAGUGCUCUGGCUCCGUGGUAUCCAGGGUGGUGUAAGCGACCGACUUUCCAUGAUGACUACCUGCCCUCAUUCAACAAGCCAAAUGUGAAGCUGGUUGACAUCCGAGAUCAUGGAAUUAGUCACUUUACACCCAAAGGGCUUGUGGCAGACAGCAUUGAAUAUGAACUGGACGCUGUCAUAUUCAGCACAGGGUUCACUGUCGCGGCGACCCGAGUCAGCCCGGGAUCGCGGGCGAAUAUUUCAGUUGUAGGCCGGCACGGCCUUACAAUGGAAGACAAGUGGAAGAACAACCUCGCAACUUUGCAUGGAGUAAUGACUCGGGAUUUACCUAACCUGUUCUUCCCUGGAACGUCUCAGGCCGGGGGAUGCGCCAACAUGACAUAUAGUCUGGACCAAAGCGCCACUCAUGUUGCCUACAUUCUCUCGAAAGCAAAAGAGAACGCUGGCGCACAGUGUCCUGUAAUGUCAAAAGUUAUUAUAGAGCCAACAGCAGAGGCAGAGGAGAACUGGGCCAUGCAGGUUGUCUCGCGUGCGGCGGCCCUCCGAGGGAUAGCUGGUUGCACGCCAGGAUACCUCAACGGCUAUGGUAAAAUUGGCCAGUCAGGCAAUGCAGAAGAUUUGAAAAAGAUGGUACGCAUGGCAAUUUGGGGAGAGGGCAUAGCAAGCUACGUGGAGUACAUUGAAGCAUGGAGAGAAGAGGAAAAGCUCGAUGGAGUGGAUCUGACAUACUUGGAAUAG